AUGUGGCAGCAUUAUUUGAUGGAUGAUCAUCUUGAUAAAGCUCCACUACAAACAGCUGAUGGCCAGAAGUCUACAAGCAGAUUAAACGAUAUUUCUCCGAAAUCUACUGAAAGGUUUGUCGAAAAUUCAGAAUUGACGGUCCAUGAAGCUGUGAAAUUCAUGUGGACUUCAAACUUGCCUGUAGCUGAAGAUUGGUUUCAAAGGAAUUUAGAACAAGACCCAAGAUGUGCAAUUCAUUAUGCUGAAGCUGGAUUUUUGAAAGCAGUUAUUUUAGGAGAUAAUCAGUCAAAAGAAGCAGUUAUUGAAAGACUAGAUAACGCUGAAAUGAUUGCUGAAAAAUUUGUGAAAAAAUGAGAAACAGAAGGCAACAAGGUUUUAGAAACAAAAGGAACAAUGCUAAGUCCUAACGAAGCAAUGAAAAUUAUUAAAGCCGCUCAAAAUCUUAGACUUGCUUUGGUCGUCAAAGCUGAAGCGACUUUAUUUAAAUCAGGCAACCAAAUACUUAAAAAUAAACUAAGUUUGGGUUCUAUGAAUUUCAGAAGGGCUUGAAAAAUUUACCAAAAAGCCAAUAAAAUUGCAGAAGCACAAAAAUGGGUAGAAAAGCAGUAUUUUUCACCUGAAGAAAUCAAAGGAUUGCAGACUCAAAUUGAAGGAGAUAUCAAUAAUUUUAUCCAGUUUGGAGAAGGGGUUAUCUGUUUAGGACUUUCAAUGGCCCCUAAAACCAUGUCAAAGCUCGCCAAUAUCAUAAUUGGAUUAGAUGGAGACCAAAGCAGAGGAUUAAAAAUUUUGUAUGACUGCAUCAACUCUAAAAAAGGAGUUCGGGUGCCUUUAGCUUUGAUGUUCGUGCUGUUUUGGCUUUUAAUUUACAUCCCAGAAUUCAUACCUGGCAAGCAUGAGCGCUAUCGCGAAGCUCAUGACCUAAUAAGAUUUGCCUUGCAUUAUCUCCCUCAAAGCCCUUAUUUUUAUUGACUAGAGAGCUAUAUGAAUCAACGCCAGGGAAAUUUGGAGAGAGCAUUAAAAUUAUUAAAUAGGGUGAUAGCGUAUUCAGGAAGAACAGGAAUUGAUGAAAAUCCAGGGAGAUUGUCCUUUGAAAGAGGCUGGGUUCUAUUCCUGUGCCAAGACUGGGAGUCAGCAAGGCAAUGCUUCGAAAUAUCAAUUGAAAAAGCAAGCGACACCCCUUUCACACAUUUGCUAUUAGGGGUUUCUUACUGCAUGCUAAAUGAGCUACAGCUUGCUGAAGACACUUUAGAAAGUAUAGCUUCAUAUAAUAAAGAGUCGAGCUCAGUUGAAGAAAAAUGAAUUCAUAAAAGAGCAUCAAGCUACUUAGGGAGAAGGUGGUUUCAGCUGUUUCCUUUUGAAAUUUCUUAUGUCACCGACUAUUUGCAAGGUCUGAAGUAUGAUUGACUGGAGUCUUCUUAUGAUUAUCUCACCUCAAUUGACAUUGAAGAUUCUGAAGAAAAGGAUGAAAUCGUCAUAAGCAUGCUUCUUCAAGGCGCAAUCCUUAGACACCUAGGAAGACUAAGAGAAGCCGUUUUAAUUCUUGAAGCAGGCAUCAAGCUCGAACAAGACGUAAAAAAAGAAAUAUGAGUAGUUCCCCACAUCUAUUACGAACUCGGCAUCGUCUAUGUGAAAAGCCGAGACUGGACUACCUCUUCUGCUUAUAUUCGCAAAGCCAAAAGCUUCAAAAGGAGCUACGAGUUUAAAGCUUCCCUGAGUUUCAAAUUGAACGCUACUUUGGAGUUGAUAUUACAAGAAGAAAAUAAGGAGUUUAAGAAGUAA